CUACUGCAUCGUACCUCCACCAAUCUCCCUCGUCUCCGCCUCGCGCCCGCGCCCGCCGGUGGCCCGAGGACCACUGGAUCGGUUCAUCGCGUGGGCUCUGAGUUCCUUGUGGGAUUGGGAUUCUAAUCAGCAGGCAAUAGCUUGCUUUGUUAUUUGAAUUUCUUCUGGAGGCGUAUCUCUUCCCGAUUUUUAGGAGUUUUACGCGAAAGAGAUUAAUUUGCUGACAAUUCUUCAACGGGAUUUGAGAUUCUCCGCUAUUCCGAAAGAUCUUUUGUAGAUUCAUUGUUAUGCUUGUUUUGAUCGGAGUUGCUCGUGAAGAUUCUGAUUUGAUUGAUGGUUUUUGGGAGGAAAACUGGGAUUUUACAUAUCGUUUUUCGCUAGAUAUGAUUUUGAACGGUUCAUGGGAAAAAAUUCGUUUUUUGAUAGCUGAGUUUUGAUUGUUUAUGACUCUUUCGACAGAUUCCAAAGCGUCUUCUUCGUAAUUCUUUGCUUGUCGAAAUCGUUUCGGAGGGCAAAUUUAGUGGCUUGAUUCUGCCGAGAAGGGUUUUUCCGAUAGAAAAAUGUCUAUGUCUUUUCCGCGUUUCUCUUUCUGGAUUUGGGGUAAGAAGAAUCACGAAUCCUCCAAUUCAUCCCUGAGUUCCUCACCCGAAUCGCCUUCGGAAUUUAAGGAGACGGAUUACUUGAAAUUUCCGCCCGUAAAUGAGCCGAGGACAAGGACAAAUUCGAGAAAAAAUAAGAAGAAGUGGCAGAGCCGGCAAGAGCGGCGUUUCGAUAAGGAGUAUGACAUCGAAGUUGUGCCCUCGGACGGUGGAUGCAUGUCGGGGUCGGAGUCUGACGAUUCCGAUUGGUCCAUCGGAUGGCUGGAACAUCUUUCCCCCGACUUUCGGAGUAAUAAUGAGUCGGAGGACAGCUUCGCCGUCUUGGUCCCGUGUUAUGCGCGUGGUCGUAGUGAACAUGUGGAGAGCUCCAAAUCUCAUGCCUUGGGAGCGGUUGAUCGCACGGGUGAUGAUCUUUCUGAUGGAAAGAAGCACAUAGAGGAAUGGCUUUCGUCUCUUCAAGACAACUGACUUUGUGGAAUCUAAUUGAGAGCUUGGCCUUGUAAAGUAUGAUUCUUGUGUAGACCAUAAGUUGUUUUUAAUCUAUAGGUUAAAAAAAGAGGAAAAUUCCACAUCAAAGAAGCACAAUCAUGGAGCAAUGGGGCAGCUUGUCUGAUAUAAUUCCUGCUGGACACCAUUCACUUGUGAUAUAUAUGGAAGCAAAUUGUUUCUUAAGACCCGAUAGGAGGCAACUAGAAAAGUUAGCAACAGAGCUUUGCAACAUCCUGAAGGUUCAGAUUCUUCGAAGGGGAUGAGUGAAGUUAGGAAUAUUGUUUUAUUCUUUAUCCCCUUGUGCAUCCAGACGGGGAUUUCCACCAUUGCUUAAUGUACAUAUGGGUGUAAAUAAUGUAAAUACUGCUGUAAAUAUGGAACCAUCCAUCCUUGCCAAUUUUUCUGUAAAUAUUAUUAUGUAUGAUCUAGGAAGACCAGGCUUUGCUUUAAAUGCAUGAUUCAUCUCUUCAUUCUAUGCAUGGUUAUUGAUUUGCCCACUUC